AGAUUCAGACUAACACGGCUACCCCUCUGAUACUUCUCCGCAGAAAUCCAUCAAGUUUGUGUUGAUAUUUGAAUUUUUAUUUCUGAUGUUCAAAACCAGUCAAAAGGUGAAAAGUUAUUUUCUUGUCAACUGAAAGUGACAGUUUCAGCUGAUGCAUCAGAAUGGGACCUCAGAAGGUCUGAGGAUUAGUAAAUGUUGUUGUUUUUUGUUACCAGAGAUGGUCAUUGGUCAUGUGAAAUGGAGCAGUAUAUGAUGGUCAAUCUGUCUGGGACUCACUGUCCUUUGUACCACUUCUUUCAAAACUUUCCUAGUUUGCCUAGAUUACCAAUGUUUAGUGCUGUAAGUUUUAGUUCAUGGAAGUGUGACAUUGAAUUUCCCAAUGGGAUGUAUGCAGUCCAGGAAUCAGUACAAUAUAGCUUAGUGCACAGCCAUUUUCAUUUGGAGUUUGGAAAAUCACAGGGUGUAUGUUUGAGAGAUUUGGUAGUUACAUGGUCCAAAACGCUGUUUUGGAUGCUGAAGUGCUUUUUUUUUUCCUCUAAGAGAUAUACAGGCCUUAGUGAGGGAACACUCACCCAACUAUUUAGUGGGGGAGACAUGAGGUGAAGAAUUAAUUGUAGUUAUUUGCAAAAAAGCAAUGUGAGACAGAACUCUUCUUAGGCAGUGUUCUAAGAGGAAAGGAGGCACUAUCUUCCUUAAGGAUCUGUGAUUCUGGAUGCUUUUCCCAUCUGUGUUGACUAGAACAUUUCACUGGCGUUCUCCAGUGCAAGGUUCAAGAUGUUUCUUUGUGUGGGGGUGGAGGAGGAAGUUAUGUGGUGUAUAGCCCAUAAGACAUUUGACAAUUAGAUUUUUUUUUUUUUUUUUUUUUUACUUGUAGUUAAAAUAGGUUUUCUUCCCUCUCUCAUUGCUCAGAAGGUUUUGGGCUCUGGGUUCUGUAAACUAAAAACUUGUCCAACAGCCAGAGAAGCUAAAAGAAAAUUAUGAAGGAAGCUAAUCAACUAGGACGGUAGUGGCUAAAGGAUUUUAAAAAAUGAUUUCCAGUCACUGCUCAGAUUUUUGUUCUCUGUAUGUUCUUGAUGCUGUUUUUCUUAGGGCAUAGGCAAUGCUGAUCCAUUUUGAAAAUAAUAAAUAAUCUUACCAAAAGUCCUCUAAAUCAGUGAUCAGGAUGUUAAAAAAAGGAAUUCAGAAAUGUGAAUUCCAGUUACAGUUUUAUUUGCAAGACUGUCAGUAAGGAUUUGAUUUGUGGGAAGAUUGAGUUUGUAUCCAUUCAGCAACCCUAGUAGCUUUCGGCUUUAUUCAAUUUUUUUUCUUUUGGUAGGUUUGUCAGAGUGGGCAAAAUCCCUGUAUGGGAUGUGACUGGAGAAAGACUAGCAGGAAGGUUGUCUUUGCUCAAUGCAAGAAUGGUGUGUUAGAUAACCAGGUCACCUUUUAAGAUUUCUUGAAGUUUACACAUUCUGUUUAUUUGGAAUUUACCAAUGAAUUUGAAAUAAAGUGGCGCUUUCAAAAAAGUUUCACUUACAUGAAGUGUUUCCCAUCACUUGUGAUGACAGCCUCACUAAAUAGAAAUCAACCAAAGCAGGAGAAACCAGAUUCAAUUAUAUGCUGAAAACAUAUUUUAAUGUGCAUUCUGUCACAGUAUUUCUGUAUAAUGCAAAGGUCCAAGCAUUUAUGACAUUCUCAUCUCAUUUUAAGAGGUUGUAAUUUUCCUAAAACAAGUAAUCUUAAAUGAGUUGUGCCCACGAAAGCUCAUGAUACCAGUUACAUGUUUUGUUAUCUUUAAUGUGCUACUAGACUAUUUGUUGUUUUUUAAAUUAUUUUGGCAGUUAUAAAAUACUGUUCUAUAAAUGCUGUUGGCAAAAAUGUUGUGGAUACUUGUUUAAAAGCUUUUUUUUUUUUCCCCCAGUCCUCAUCUAUUCUGUCUAGUGAAGUGAUAAUUCCUUAUUUUACAAUCUUAAAAUGAUCACAUUAAGUUGGAAAGCUUGAUUUCAUUACUGCAGGUGGAUCGUUAACCAAGUUGGCUUAUUAUUCAACUGUGCAGCAUAAAGUAGCCAGAGUGAGAUCUUUUGAUUAUUCCGGAAAGGAUGUGGAACAUGAAUCUCCCUAUGAAAUCACAGUUCAAGAGGAGAUCACAGCUCGACUGCACUUCAUUAAAUUUGAGAACACUUACAUUGAAACCUGCUUAGAUUUCAUUAAAGACCAUCUUGUCAACACAGAAACUCAAGUGCUCAAAGCUACCGGGGGUGGUGCCUACAAAUUCAAAGAUCUUAUUGAGAAGAAGCUGGGACUGAAGGUGGAUAAAGAAGAUGUAAUGACUUGCCUAAUUAAAGGUUGUAACUUUGUGCUAAAAAAUAUACCCCAUGAGGCCUUUGCAUAUCAGAAAGAUUCAGAUCCUGAAUUCCGAUUUCAGACCAAUCAUCCGAAUAUUUUCCCUUAUUUGCUAGUCAAUAUUGGCUCUGGGGUUUCUAUAGUGAAGGUGGAAACAGAGGACAAAUUUGAAUGGAUUGGAGGGAGUUCAAUCGGAGGGGGAACCUUCUGGGGUCUUGGAACUUUACUCACAAAAACAAAGAAAUUUGAUGAACUGCUGCAGCUUGCUUCAAAGGGACAGCAUACAAAUGUCGACAUGCUGGUGAAAGAUGUGUAUGGUGGAGCCUACCAUACACUAGGGCUAAGUGGAAAUCUCAUAGCUAGCAGCUUUGGGAAAUCUGCCACAGCAGAUAAAGAAUUUUCUAAAGAUGAUAUGGCAAAGAGUUUACUACACAUGAUCAGCAAUGACAUUGGACAGCUUGCCUGCCUCUAUGCUAAACUCCAUAAUCUACACAAAAUUUACUUUGGAGGAUUCUUUAUUCGGGGUCACCCAGUCACCAUGCGCACAAUCACCUUCAGUAUUAACUUCUUCUCCAAGGGAGAGGUUCAGGCAUUGUUCCUGAGACAUGAAGGCUACCUGGGAGCCAUUGGGGCAUUUUUAAAAGGAGCUGAACAAGACAAUCCCAACCAGUACAGUUGGGGAGAGAAUUAUGCUGGGAGUUCUGGCCUAAUGAGCACUUCGCCCGAUUUCUGUCCCAUGCAACGUGCAAGGAGUGGCACGUUUGACAUGUUUGAAAUGGAUCGGUUGGAACGACCACUUGUUAACCUGCCCUUGCUAAAGGACCCAACCACAUACAUCCCUGACACCGUUGACCUCACUGAUGAUGCCAUGGCCAGGAAAUAUUGGCUCACUUGCUUUGAGGAGGCUUUGGAUGGGGUAGUGAAACGUGCUAUCGCCAGUCAGCCAGACUCUACCGAUGCAGCUGAGCGAGCAGAAAAGUUCAGACAGAAGUAUUGGAAUAAGCUUCAGACACUCAGACAGCAGCCUUUUGCUUAUGGCACCCUAACAGUUAGAAGUUUGUUGGAUACGAGAGAACACUGUCUAAAUGAAUUCAACUUUCCAGACCCCUAUUCAAAGGUAAAGCAGAAAGAAAAUGGCAUAGCGUUAAAAUGUUUUCCAAGCGUAAUCGAAUCUUUGGAUUCAUUAGGCUGGGAGGAGAGGCAGUUUGCUCUGGUGAAAGGACUUCUUGCGGGGAAUGUCUUUGACUGGGGAGCAAAAGCAGUCUCAGAAGUGCUGGAAUCUGAGCCACAAUUUGGAUUUGAAGAAGCCAAGGAAAAACUGCAAGAGCGCCCCUGGCUAGAAGAUUCCUACAGUGAGUGGAUACAACGACUUAAGGAGGGUCCCCCUCAUAAAUGUGCCUUAAUUUUCGCAGAUAACAGUGGAAUUGACAUCAUUUUAGGAGUCUUCCCCUUUGUCAGAGAGCUACUUUGUAGAGGUACAGAGGUUAUACUGGCUUGUAACUCUGGCCCUGCACUAAACGAUGUUACCUACAGUGAAUCCUUAAUUGUUGCUGAAUGGAUAGCAGCAAUGGAUCCCAUUAUACAGUCUGCAUUGACGGAAGAGAGGCUACUGUUGGUACAAACAGGCUCGAGUUCACCGUGUUUAGAUUUGAGCCGGCUGGACAAAGGCCUGGCCCUGCUGGUCAGGGAGCGGAAGACCGACUUGGUUAUAAUCGAAGGGAUGGGCCGCGCUAUCCAUACAAACUACUAUGCAGCUCUGAAGUGCGAGAGCCUCAAACUCGCAGUCAUCAAAAACUCCUGGCUGGCUGAUCGGCUAGGUGGGAAAAUCUUCAGUGUCAUCUUUAAAUAUGAAGUGCCAUGCAAGUGACUGGGUGUGAGGGGCUGACGAGUGGCAGCAGCAAUGGACUUGCACUAGUGUUACUUUAAUUGUAAAGAAUGUAUUUUUAUUACUACAGGGAAAAUGAGUUCACAUGAAAUUCCAUAUUUAUAUUGUGCUUUGUGACUGAAAGCAACAAUAUUAUUCAUUAUAUAAAAUGAUACACCCAAAAUA